UCUUUCUGCCUCAGAAGUAGACCCGUGUAAGCUCCUCGCUUAGGAAAGUCAGUGUGGAUAAAGUGAAGGAAGGAGGGGUCGGAGUGUUUUUCAAAUGUCUCCCUCCAUAAGGUACCGGCUCGAAGUUGACUAAUGGCUGCUUCACAGGUGUUGUACAGGUUUGUGUAUCGGCCCCUUUUUAACAGUCUUUAUUAAUCCACCAGUGUCACAAAUUGCUGCAACACCUGUAGGCUAUAUGUAUCCAAAAAGCUUACCUGCAGAGUGUUAAUGUGGAUGUUUGCUGGUAUAAAGCUGGAGAACGCAGCACAGAUUGACGUGGUAGGUGUUACAAUUGUAUGAACCUUUUUUUUAUGUUCAGAAGGUCUGUGUACCAGAACAGGAGGCCUCUGUCUGAAGUGGCCUAAAACCAGCAGAGGGCGCUGUUGUGCUAGACAUCCAUUAUAGACUGAUGGUCCUUAGGACUUUUGUUUGAUCAUAGAGGUGGCAGAGUCAGUGGACAUGUCUCAGCCAAUGUACUGGGACCGCCGGGACACCCCUCUGCCUGACAAACGCUACAAAGAUGUGCUGACUGGUGCCGAAGAGAGCCUGAAACAGAAGGAGAAAGGACCCUGGAGCCAGCUGACCAAAGAGGAGAAGAUUGCCUUGUACCGGCUGACGUUCUGUCAGACCUUCCCAGAGAUGAAGCAGCAGACAGGAGAGUGGAAGACUGUCCUCGGGGGUAUCUUCAUCUUUCUGGGCUUCACUGGCCUGGUGGUCUGGUGGCAGACAGUCUACGUCUACCCUGAGCGCCCCAGGACCUUUGACGAUGACUGGCAGGCCAAACAGCUAAAGAGGAUGUUAGACAUGAGGGUGAACCCCGUCCAUGGCUUCGCAGCCAAGUGGGAUUAUGAGAAGGGCCAGUGGAAGUGAAGACCCCACUGGACUGUGGCAGAGGUGGGGGCAGAGUCCGGACCUUUUCCACUCUCUGAAACUGCUGUUGAAGUCAGUCUCAAUUUGAAUGUCGCAUUAUAACUUUCAUAACCACUGAAAAAAUGGAGCUUAUCCACUGUCAACAUCUCUGGGAUCAUUUUACUCUGUGCCACCUCUGGCUGUCAGUCAGUAGCCUUGUGUCAUGGUGAUGACCAUGUCCGUGCUGAUGUAACCAUAUUAUUAUAAUAUUAAUAAAAGUUGCUUAUGUCUCA